AUGCUUUCUCUUGUCAAAGUUUUGGUUUCUUUGGUGGCCUUCACCUAUAGCGUAUCGGCAACAAGUGUGGCAGCGCCCACGUGUACAUCAUCGAAUUCAGUCAUCCCAGACGACUGUCGCAGUGCACUGGCUAGCUUUCUAGAAACAGACGGCUUGAUUAUCGAAGACACACCGAGCGAUCAAAAAUCAUGUCAUGACUGUCAAGUCUUUAUCGAAUCCGCCAACAAGGUUGAUAACCUCCGAUUCUCCGGUGAAGGCGCUCGAGAAGCACUGCAGCUCAUUCUAAACAAAUGUAGCAAUGGUUAUGGAACAGUUGCAAUUCCUGAACUUCCGGUUCCUGGAACAACUACGGUUCCGGCAAUUAUUUCAAUUGAGAAAGGUUCUGGUUCACAAUGUGAAUUUUUGACUGUUUCUGUGGGGAAGAUACCAACAGCACCACCGCGAUAA